GGAGGCAUGAGCAGGGGGUAUAAAUCUGGGGCGGUUACCAUAGUGACACCUGAGCUCAGGACCCCCAAAUACCCGGAGGCUAAUAAGAAAUGUGUGUGAUGAGCUGCAAGUCGCAGCAAAGCAUCCUUGAGGCAGUUUCUACCUUCAUUGGUUGUGGACGACAGCAUGUCUGAUGUGAAAGUGUGUUCCACGGUGAGUGGAAACCCACCUCCACCAGAGGUCAUCAAUCCCAAGAAGCCUGGUCGUGUAACCAAUCAGCUCCAGUAUUUGGAGAAGGUGGUGAUCAAAGCUUUAAGGAAGCAUCAGUAUUCGUGGCCUUUCCACGAGCCAGUUGAUGCAGUGGCGCUGCACCUUCCAGAUUAUUAUACAGUCAUUACCAAUCCCAUGGAUCUGAGUACCAUCAAAAGGAGACUCCAGAACAGAUUUUACUGGGAAGCAGAAGAAUGUAUAAAAGACUUCAACACGAUGUUCACUAACUGCUAUGUGUACAACCGGCCUGGAGAUGACAUCGUUUUUAUGGCACAGACUCUGGAAAAGUUUUUUUUGCAGAAAUUAUCCCAAAUGCCCAAAGAAGAGUUGGUUACAGCAGCCAGUGUACCCGAGCCAGUGAAGGGCAGAAAGGCCAUCCCAGGUGCAGUAAAGCAGAGUUCCCUUACAUCGGAGGUUUCUCUGCAGCAGAAGGUGGCAGUCGUUCCUCCUGAUGUGCCUCACCUUCACCCGCCCAUCAGACUGUCUGCACAAACUGAUGCAAAAAUGAAAAAGGGUUUGAAGAGGAAAGUAGACCCCGUGGCCCUCAGCACCUUGGUGGUCAGCAGCAGUGAGGUUUCCACCGCUGAGGACCAUUCAGCACCUUGUACACUGCUGCCUAGAAGUGGCAGCGGGAGGCCCAUCAAGUCUACUAAGAAGGACUUUCCCAUAUUUGAGGACAAGAGGGUCAGACUUCCUGAACAGCUCUUGUACUGUGAUGGUAUCCUUAAGGAGAUGCUGUCCAAGAGGCACUACGCGUAUGCAUGGCCUUUUUAUACGCCAGUUGAUUCAGUGGCUUUGGGCUUGCAUGACUACCAUGACAUCAUCCAGCAGCCUAUGGACCUGAGCACCAUCAGGAAAAAAAUGGAUCAGGGAGAGUACGGAGAUGCAAAGGAGUUUGCUGCUGAUGUCCGACUGAUGUUCUCCAACUGCUACAGAUACAACCCACCGUCACAUGAGGUGGUGUACAUGGCAAGAAAACUGCAGGAUGUUUUUGAGGCCCGUUUUCUGAAGAUUCCUCCAGAAGCAGAGAAAUGCUCAGCAUCUCUUCAGAGAGAUGGAAAGGAAAGGAAACAGAACCGAGUGGGAAGUCUCUCCACCACAGCGAGCUCUGAGAGUGAAAGCUCCUCAGAGUUUGAGCAUUCGUCGGAGGUGGUUGCCAUGCAGCUGGCUCAUCUGGAGGAACGGCUGGAAGCUGUCAGUGAUCAGCUGACCAGACUCACCCAGGACCCUCUGAAAAGAAAGAAGAAAGGGAAGCUGAAAAGGGAGAAAAAAACUAAAGAAAAGGAUCUUGCUCGACUUAAAGACAUAUCUUCGCAGUACAAAUCUAUCAUAGAAAAACUUGCACACAGCAAGAGUUCUGCUCUGCACGAAGGCAAACAUCACCAUGGAGUACCCAUUAAAUGUGAGAACGAGAUGUCAUUGGUACCCCUGUGUUACAAGGAGAAGAAGCAGCUGAAGCUGGACAUCUCCAAGCUUCCUGGUGACAAACUGGGCGAGUUGUUGAGCAUCAUUCGCGACAGGGAGUCCUGUCUGCAAGAUUCUGGUCCAGAGGAGGUUGAAGUCAACUUUGAAAGGCUGAAGACUUCCACAUUGAGGACGCUGCAGAGGUUUGUUGCUGCUUGUCUGAGGAAAUGCGACAAGCGCAGAAACAAGAAACAGCUGAAGUCUAAAGGACGAGUGCUGGUGGAGAGACAGAAGGAUGACGAGACACCAUUGGUUACCAGCAGUGACUUGUUAAAGAAAAAACAGGUCGAGGCGUUUCCUGAGCGCAGCCGUCCGUCUCGCCUGAACGACGACCGCAGCCGCUCAUCGUCCAGCUCUGGCGGCAGCAGUACGACUGGUUCAGAUCCCAGUUCCUCUGAUAGCAGCAGCUCUGAAUCAGACCCAAAGACAAAGAAGACCAAAUCAAAAGACUUGUGCCAGAAAGUUAACAAAAAGGUGGCACAUGAUUCCAGCAGUAAACGGAUGUUGGAGAGCGAAGAUUUUUCAAAGGCUGGGGCUGGAGUUCAUCAGCUUCUUCCUAAAACACACCUUGAUGCAGAGCAGAGCUCAGAUGAACAGGUUUUUUCUCCUCCAGAUUUCUCUGCCCUCAUAUCACCCAUGGCCUCUCCUGGGUUUUUACCAGAUUGGGCUGCAGCAAGAUUUGAGGUUCCAGCUUUGUCCCCUCUCGGAGACAGUCCACUACCUAGAGAUGAGUCUAAAGAUGAGACGAGUUACACUUUCAGAUACUGUGAGGAUUUUCCUGAUGUCCCUCAAACCAGUGCAACCAGUAACUCUACUAAAGAGGAAAACACCCAAAUUCCUAAAAAGGACAUUUUUCUGAAAAAUACAGAGUCCUGGGGGAAACUGGUGAGACAUUCGGUCACCCCAGCUGUGAUCAAGUGCUCCAGAGAGAGCUUCCAGCAGUUCCGUAAGACGGCUCUGGAAAGGGAAGAACGGGAGAAAGUCCUGAAGAAGAAACCGAUGGAUGAAAACAAGAAGAGCGAGACUGCAGACCAGAGGCUUCCAGGCCCAUGUAAAGCAGAGCAGGCUCCACAGCCCGUUAAAGACUGUUCUACUUGGUUAGCCAGCAUUUGUGCAGAGGCUGUCCUGAAUGUCCCUAAACACACGGAACAACGACACAUUCCCAGUAAAAGCCAACUUCCAUCCUCAAAGCCCUCUGUGGACACAGAGAGAGAGAUGGCCCGCAGAAAAGAGCAAGAACGCCGCAGGCGAGAGGCUAUGUCUGGUAUUGACAUAACCAUGCAGUGGGACAUCAUGACUACGUUUGAGCUAAACCUGGACUAAAAGUCACCUGGAAAAAAAGUUUCUCUGGAUUUAAAACAUAACGUUGUUUCUGUCCUGAUCAUCACAUGCGUAAAUAUAAGUGGGGUGGGGGGAAUCAUAUCUCUGCACUAAAGCACUGUUAAUUUGUCAUGAUUGGUUUGAAGCACUAUAACUGAACAAAUGACAGGUGAAGUCAUGCAUCCGGUCGCUGCCACCUUGUUUACAAAAAAGCAAAGUGUUGUUCAGUUCUUGUUUCUAAGUUCUGUCCUUCAGUAAAUUCUCACCACAGUUAAACAUAACAUUACUGCACAGAGACGUCCGGGUCCUCAGAGGUCCCAGCUCUGGACUCGAUCUGGGUUUCUACUUUACCUGCACACGCAGUGCACUUUGUUUCUCGUAUAGUUCUGCCAGUUCCAAAGAUUUUCAGUCGUAUUAGCAGAUGUUUAAGUGAUUUUCUUUUUUUACUCAUAAUAAAAUCUGUUUUUCACCAAGUUAUCAGCAUCACUUUAUCAUUAAGUUAUAACUGUAGCGUAACCAUUUAGUACACGUUUUCCUCACGACUGUAGAAACAGGUGUAGUAAUUUUGGCGUUUUUAAAUGUAAUAGUCAGUAACCUCCCAUUAAAGCAAUCAUACCUAAUUUUUGAUGACAAAAAAAUAAAACAAAAAGAAACGUUGCAUUUCUGAGAAAUCCCGUCAUGUAUUAC